AUGGAUUCUCCAGACAUAAUCGAUAUCGGUUUAGCAGACCUUUCGUGGGCAAAGUUUUUAAAAUCCAGAGCUUUAUAUAGCAUCACAAGCUCAAAUACCAUACAUCGUCUAGAGUUUCUGAAUCACUCGCUAUUGCCCCGAAUAAAAGCUGGCGAUCUUACUGAAAAUUUACUUGGAAGCCUUCUUCACCUUAUCUUCUUGACUUAUUCCAGAUACAAUGAUAAGCCUUCACGUCUUGCUAUAUUGAAUAUUUUAAAAGAGCUCAAUAACUGGAAUUCUGGGCUUUUUUUAAAUGCAUUUGUUCCAAUGGUCGUCAAAGAAGCUGAUAAGUUAAAUCAAAAGAGUCCCGACUGCACCACGUACACGACAUCGUCCACCAUUCGAUUUGUUCUUCUCACAUGGGUUAAUACAUUAAUCAACUUUGUUUUAUCUGCUACCACCAACGCUGAAUCAUUACCACAUUGGAAAAGUUUAGUAGAUGCUCAAGCAGUACUUUUGUAUUCACUAACUUAUGAAAAUGAAAAAAGAAAAAGCGUGACAAAUAGUGCAAUUACUGGUGUUAGACACUGUAUUCGUAAGAAUGCGUCACAUAUUCCUUCAUAUAUAAAAUAUCUUACUUCCAGUGUGAAAUCAUGUAAUGUUAUGUACAGUGAUGCUGUCUUACUUGGGACAGUCGUUGAUUGUUCUUUACGGCUUAAAAAGGAAAACGGCAGAGCUUUUGUGGAGAGUGCAAAGGAUGAUAUUAUACAGUUUUAUAUAACAGGCAUCGCAUCUUCUAAAACUACUGUCCCGAAAACAUCAAAGGAUGCACUACGUGAUUUUAUAAAAUUUAUAGUUACGGAAGAAGACUUUCAAACUAAGUUAAUUCCGGUUUUCGAAAAACUUCUCCUAAGAGCACCUGAAAUCAUAUUGAGUGUGGUACAAACAGAUGCAAUAGCGUUGCUAAAGAUACUUGUCGAAAAAAGUUGCAAUGAUGAAAUUCUAAUCGAUAUUGUUAAAGAUAUUAUUCAAGCAUUGAGCGGAGGGACUGUAAAAGUUGCCAACCCAGAACAUCGCAUUAUCUUAUUCCAAACUUUAAGUCACAUACAUCAAACGCCCAAUGUUUCAAAAACUGUGAUUGAGGGACUAUUACCAAUUGUUUUAAAAGAAAGCAACGACAAUUCUUUAGCUAAAGCCAUUGAUGCUCUAGGUUUACAUUUGAAAUCACUGUUAAGCAUGAAAGAUGAAAUUCUCGUUGAAAAAGUUACAGGAUCCAUUGUGGAAGGAUUGGCUAGUGCUAAAACUGGCGAGAGAAAAGCAUGGGCUACUGUAAUUGGGCGACUUGCGUGGGAAGAAACAGGAUACCCUUCA